GCACGGCAACAUAUUUGGCGCACAUUAAUUAAAACAGGCCACAUGUAAAAAUGAAGCUUUUUAUUAGUUUAUUGGUAGGCGAGUCCGUUCUACAUUUAUUUUUCAAUUAAAUUGGCAAUGAAAUGACUAAGUUGCAAAUAAUUUUAUUUCUAAUAUUUUUUGUUCAUAAUAUUAAUGCUGUCAAAGAACACAAAGAAACUCUAAGUCGAGACAAACGAAAUGUAGAGGAGACUGAUGCAGAUCGGAGCACACAAUCACCGCCAUUUAAAAAUGAUGAGUUAUACCAGUUGCUAGUUAACGAAGGAUACGAAGUAAAAAAUUUCACUGAUGGACCCCCUCUGGUGUUUCUGGGAGAUACAGCAUACUACCCUUCACAAGUACUCACCGGCAUUCCGUCAUACGCUGAUCGCAGCAACAUCCAGAGCAAGAGGUUAUGGAUCGACGCCAACGACCAGCAACAGGUCUGGUACUACUACGAUGUGCAAACGCAGGCCGACAAAGAGGUCUUUGAGGCGGCUGUAAAGUCUUGGGCAGACACCACGUGCAUCAAAUUCAACCGAGGUCAGCCGGGCGGGUGCACGGAAAAUCGCGGUCAUGGCGCGGUGUGUGUGGGCUCGUUUGGUGGCUGCUGGUCACUCGUCGGCAACUCCUACUCCAACGGCUGGUCUCGCUCGUCACAGAAGAUGUCCGUGCAGCCAAACGGCUGUGAGCUGGCGGCGGCCGCGCACGAGUUCGGCCACGCACUGGGUCUGCAGCACGAGCAGUCGCGUCCCGAUCGUCAGGAAUACAUCUGGGUCAAUUACGAAAACCUCGACAUCAAGAUCGACGGGCAGCUGGACAACAACGUGAAGCAGGCCUGGUACCAGGCGUCCAUGUGCGACAAAGGACAGACGGUGGAUAUUCCGAUGCCGUACGACUUCUUGUCCAUCAUGCAGUACGGCGCGUCCGACUUCGCCAAGGAGGAUGGCCGGAUGGUCUACGUGACGCGUGACCCGCGCAGCCAGUACAUGCUUGACUACCAUCGAAACGCGGGCAUGCUGCAAACCCACUACGACAAACUUGUCAUGAACGUCGCCUACAAGUGUGACGUUCUUUGGCGCAAGACUUGCGGCGACAAUGGCAACAGCGGGACCAAGUGUUUAAACGGAGGUUACUUCGCCAAGACCUGCAAGUGCGAGUGCCCUGAGGGCUAUUCAGGCUCGGACUGCGGCAGUAAAACCGGCUCGCCGCUCUUCCCUGUCCUGGACCGCGCAAAGGUAAUGGUGGACAUCACAUCGCCUGGAUUAUACGACAUGGCCGACCGCGGAAUGAACAUGAACACGGAAAACCUGAUCCUUCAGCAGUUUGUGUUCUUUCAGUUUAUCACAGUGGUGGCGCGCGCGAACCACAUCCGGAAGCGAGCCACCAUUACUGUGAAUCAGCCGUUCGAGCAGAUUCAGCAAACCUUCGGCUCCUCCUUCGGACAGGUGAACUUCCUCAACAACCUCGAAAUUGCCGACUGCCAGGUCACCGGCUUCUUUUACUGGGGCGACGCCGCGCACAACAAGAUGCGUACCGAGUGCGUCAGCUCUGUCUACAACAACGAGCUCCCCAGCGAGCGGCUGCACCUGCGCGGCCGCAACCAGACACUCAGCAUAACAGUCAUCUGCGCGCUCGGCAAAAUGUCGAAGGACCCGUCCGUCUCGCUGAAGGCGGCCGAGUUUAAACUCGACGCCACCUUUCACAUCAACCCCAAGAUGCAGCUGCGGACGUUUCAGAAUCCCUCCGACGAUCCGGGACCGCUGGCCGACCCGGACUCCGCCUCCGGCUCCAAUGCCGGCAAGAUCGCCGGCAUCGUCAUCGGCGUGCUGCUGGGGGUGGCGCUUAUUGUGGGUCUCGGCGUGGCGUGGAAAAUGGGCAAACUGCCCAUCGGCAAAUGAUAGACGGCCGUAGCGCGCUAGGUUUUGAACUGUCCUGAGUUGCUGUCCUCGUCUGAAGGUAAUGUUAGUCCGACGUCCUUGGUUUUAGUUCGAAACAUGGCUGGCCAGCAA